AUGCAGACCACAGAUAUCGGCAUCAAAGAAGAUGGAAAGGUAUGGCAUCGAAAGCCAACGCCAUCAAACAGUGGCAUCAUGGUCACCGUGACUCGCAGUGCGCCCGCUAAUCAAAGCAAGACUGUACGUUUCCUUCACGUGGCAUUUGACACAACUGGGGAGUCCUUCCUUGCAGGGGAUCAUCAUGGCAAUAUCUAUGUGUUUGAUAUCAGUAGAAACAGGUUCAAGCUGGUCCAGAAGACCGGUCAAGCUUGCACAGCUUUAGCUUUUAACUUACGUAGGACAACAGAGUACCUCGUUGCGCUCGCUGACUGCUCCGUCAAAUGCUACGACAAAGACACUAAACAGCUAGUUAGCUGGAUGCGGGGGCACGAGGGUGCGGUGUCUUCUUUGUCGGUGCACAGCUCUGGUCGCUAUGCGAUCACCACGUCCUCAGAUACAGCUCAGCUCUGGGACCUGGACACCUUCCAGAGGAAGAGGAAGCUCAAUGUUCGUCAAACUGUGGGAAUACAGAAGGUGUUCUUUCUUCCACUGAGUAACACCAUCCUAAGCUGUUUUAAUGAUGACUCUAUUUUUGCUUGGGAGAGUGACACACUGUUCUGCAAAUAUCAACUGCCAGUUCCUCAAGAAGGACCCAGAGUACACUACAAAGCAUUCGCAGUAACACAGGACGGAAAAACCCUUGCUGCGGGAGGGCGCUGUAAUCUCCUUCACCUGUGGUGUCUGGACAGCAGGCAGCUCCUCAGAGUGGUUCAGAUGCCACCCAAAGUCCGGACCGUCCGGCACCUGGAGUUUCUGCCGGAUAGUUUUGAUGGAGGCUCCAGCCAAAUUCUGGGUGUUUUAAGCCAGGAUGGUAUCAUGCGUUUCAUCAACAUCCAUACGUGCAAACAGAUCUUCCAUAUUGGUUCCUAUGACGAUGCCAUCACUUCAGCAGCCAUUUGUCCCAAAGGCCGUCAUAUUGUGACAGUGAUGGACAGUGGCGCCCUCAAUAUUUACAAUGUGCAAUGCUUGACUCAAGACAUUAACAAGCCUCCUCAACCUCUGGUAAAACUAGUGACCAACAGCAAAAACAGUGGUAACUCCUGCCUGAAAGUGAAGGUGCACUCUGGUGCAGUCCAGCGCCCAGCCAAAACAUCAGGACGCAGAGUCCCAGCCAGGGUACUGCGACCUCCAGCGGUUAGCACAGUGGAUGACAAAGAGAACGAAUUACCUGCUGGCCUAAAUAAGAAGCGACUUCAGGCUUUACUGAGAACAUUUGGAGAAUAUCCUGCCAAAUACAGGAUGUUUAUCUGGCGUUCUCUGUUGCAUCUGCCAGAGAACCAUGCUUCUUUCAGCAGCCUCUCUGACAAAGGGCUGCACUCAGCGUACCUGACCCUGCAUGACCGCUACCCCAUCAAGAGCCACAAACUGCAGCGUGGUUUACAGAGGGUACUGUCUGCACUUGCCCAUUGGUCAGCGAUAUUUGGCGAGACUGAAUAUCUCCCCCUAGUGGCCUUUCCAUUUGUGAAACUCUUCCAGAACAAUCCGCUCAUCUGCUUUGAAGUAGUAGCCACUGUUAUCGUGAACUGGUGCCAGCACUGGUUUGAAUAUUUUCCCAAUCCCCCACUCAAUGUGCUGAGCAUGGCAGAGAAUGUUCUGGCACAUCACGACAAGGAACUGCUGCAGCACCUCAUCGACUGUGGAAUCACUUCACAGCUGUAUGUCUGGCCAUUGCUGGAGACGCUGUUCUCUGAGGUUCUGACCAGAGACGAGUGGCUGAAAUUGUUUGAUAAUGUUUUUUCCAACCACCCGUCCUUCCUGCUCAUGGCCGUGGUAGCUUACGUCAUCUGUUGUAGAGCGCCCUUGCUCCUGUGCAGUCGGAAAGAGGAUUUUGAGUACUUCUUCCAUCACCGGAACAACUUAGACAUAAGUGCCUUACUAAAGGAGACAUAUCGGCUGAUGGAGAGCACACCUGCAGACUUCCACCCCAGCUCAAUGCUGAGUGAUUUUGAGCCCCUGACUGAAGGACAGUACCCUGUUUUUAACAAGUACCCCACCUUUGUAGUGGAGUACCAGUCCCAGGAGCGAGAGAGGAUCCGUCAACAGGAAAUGGAAUACCUGAGAGAGAAACAGGCUUUGCAGGAGCUGCGUUCUGAAGCAGUGAGGCAGCAGGCAGAGGAUGAGGCCUGGUACAAACAGCAGGAGCUGCUCCAGCAGGCUGAGGAGCAGCGCAGGAGGAUCCUACAGGAGGAGGAGAACAAACUCACCGAACAGAGAGCAAGGUUGGCUGCUAUGAAGCGGGAGCUCAAGGUAAAAGAGCUCAAUCUCAUCGAUGCUGCCAGGCGACGCUUCCUUACGCACCAGCAGGAACAACGCAGGACUGAACUGAGUAAACUCGAUGCUGAGAUCCAGAGAAAGAUGGCACAGAGGGAGCAGGAGACAGCAGCAGCCGUUCAAGACAUAGAAAUAAGGCAGAUGGAACUGGACGCACAGCGACGGCUCUUUGAACAGCAACUGGCUAAAGAGCAGGAGCGUGUGACUCAGGAGACGAGAGCAGAGGUGGAAACGCGCCAGCGCAGAGCUGAAGUGGAAGAGUCUGCCUUUCACGACUUGAUUCAGACCGAUGCCGACCUUGGUUUGGAAACGACGAGGGUUCUGGGGGCGUCGCUGGCAGAGGCCGGUCAGCUUGAUCUGGAUGCUGAUUGGCAGACGGAGGUGAUGAGACGACUGGAUAGGGCAGAUGCUGAGCAGGUGAGACGACAACAGCGGCUGGCAGAGCUGAGCCGAGAAACCCGGGCCAAGGAGGAGGAGCUUGUCCAGCUCAUGGGCCGAGUGGAAGGAAAGCAGUGGGAAGAUAUAAUAGCUAAGAAAGCCCAGCUGGAGGAGGAGAGGCAAGCAGCUGCCACAGCAGAUAACCACAGAAAGACUCUGGUCUCCCAGGAGAUAGACGAGAAAGGGCAGCACCAGAAUAAACUUAGGAGGAGCCAGGAGGAGUCCCUGAAUAAUCAGUGGGAGAGGAAGCUCAGGUCUCCAUGCUCAGCCAGAGGAUUUCUACAGAAACCAGAGCACGAAUCAAGCGAGACCAGCAAUAUCUGCUUGAACAACCAGUCCACCUCAGAUGACUCCACUACCUUUUCUCUGGACAGGUGUCGCACGGAGCUGGACAGAAAGGAGAGGGAGCUGAUCCAAGAGGUCCGAGAACUCAGACAGAGACUGGCAGCCAAAGCCAGAGCGGCAGAAUACACACCCCAGUCUACCAGUUCCCGGUGA